AUGGACAACAAGGAGCAGAAGAAGGAAGAAUCAACAAGUAAUACGAAGACAUCGGCUAUACAUCCUUACGAAUCAGCAAACUUUUUCUCUCGUGCAGUUGUUGGCUGGAUGAGCUCUAUUUUGCAGCUUGGCAGCAAAAGACCUCUGGUAAAAGAUGACAUUUUCCCUGUUCGCAAGGAAGAUAGUAUGCAAGUUCUUGUUACCAAGCUGGAAAGUGAGUGGCGACAGGAAAUUAAGAGGUGCUUACCAAGUGGCUGUAAGCCUCGGUUGUGGAAAGCAUUGGCUCGACUAUUCUCAUGGAAGGCAUACACAUUAAUGUUGAUAUUAAUUUUAUGUCGCCUUCUGUGCAUAACUGCCCUACCGAUGCUCAUGUGGUUUUUUCUGUUGGAAUUCGAGAAGGAAUCCCAAGAUGGCUAUUCUAAGACACCAUUUCUGUUCGUUACUGGAAUCGCGAUUUUGGCUUUUUGCCAAAUAUUUGCCAAGAGCCAUGCAGCAUCGAUGGCAGAGAUAUGGGGCAAUCAACUGAAGGUGUCCUGCAUCGGUCUUGUUUACAAGAAAGUAAGUAUGAGUUACAUUUAUUGCUUAAAAGAAUUCUUUAGUGCCAGGCACAGAGAGUUAUUUAUCACACCACUAAACGGGCUAUUGAAUAGGCGACCCCAAAUCUCAGCGCGCUGAGGUGGCAAAGUCGGCGCAAUCUUAGCCUCAUGUAAGCUAAUCCGGAUUAUCUAGAAAUUCCGGAAAUUUUUUCUCAUGGAAUCCGAAAUCCUGGUCUUAGAAAUUCAGAAUUCCACGAAUGAUUGGAAUUUGCAAUCCAAGUCUCACUGACAAAAUGAUCCGGAAUCUACCGAGUGUAAUCCAGAAUCUAAGACCGGCUUGGACACUGUGAUUGGGGGACAGUCUGCCGCGAACUUCUUAGUGUGAUCCAAGUCUCUUGGAAGUGGUAGAAAAGUGUGAUUUGUUUGUUUCCAACAAAGUUCAUAUACCGUGGUGUAAAAUGUUGUGGUUAAUUUUUUUAUCUCAGUUAAUUUUUAUUUUUCGAUUGUUUUUGCGUAUGGUAAUGGAUGCGAAUGAAUUUGAAACAAAGGAAAUGUAAAAAUUAACUGAAAUAAAAAAUUAACUGCAACAUAAAUAAACGAUGGUAAAGAGUUUUGUUCAUUAAGAUGUAGAUAGAUCGUGCGUUAGGCUAUGCUCUCACCAUACCGGAUAGCUUGUGCGCCGGCGUGAAAACCAUACCGGAUAAUGGGCUUCUGCUCACACAUAAGAGCGGUGAUUUCGGCGCGAUUCUGUAAAGAAGCGAAGUUGCGCCGCACUGAUCUCUUAAUUGGGGAAUCACAUAUCGGUAGGUGAUCGUACUAUACCGAAUGUCAUACCGAACAGCACCUGCCUCGUACCCAGAGGUCUCUCUCUCGAUAAAAAUGUACGCGCAAAGGAAUUCGGGAAGGAGGCAACGGGCGAGACGGCGCUUCGCCUGCCGUCUGUUCCCUUUCCAUGGUCCCUUGUGGUUCAUCACCAGUCGUUCGCCUCUACCUUGCGAAAAACAAAGUGCUUGGAGGGAGGGAGGGAGGCUGGAAUAGCACGGCUCUUAUCGUGCAACAAAACGCGGUCCAUUACAAGCGUUGUUGCGUCCAAAGUAUUUUAAUCACAGUCUUUCUUCAGCGUCUCAUUGUGUAUUGUGAAAUAUAAAUUUGUAUUUUUUUUUUAUUUAAUGGUUUUUGGGAUGAUAUUACUCUACUUCAAACGCAGCUUGGCCCGCGCAGAGCAUUGUGGGCAAGAAAAUGUUACCGUUAAUAAUACCCGUAUCUGUUAUUUCGCCUGCUAGAGACCUCUUCCUUUGCUAGCAAGAAAUUUGUUCCGCUAAAAAAUUUUUGGUUAUCAAGAAACCGUUUGAAAAGAAAAGAAAUACUGACUCAUCUUUUUGCUAAUGCAGAUUCUGACAAAGCUCAGACGUGGUGAUGUUCAGAAGAUUAUCACAGGAAAAACUAUCAACCUUGUAACUAAUGACGCUCAGAAACUGGAGCAGCUCGUAUUUUCGCUGUGCUAUAUCCUCCCCGCUCCUCUUUAUAUUUCGGGUUCAUUUUUUGUUCUUUUGUUCCUAAUUGGAUGGAAAGCUUUAGUCGGAGUUGGAGUUUACAUAGUUGCAAUGGUAUAUAUUUCGAAAAUGUCGCAUAAGAACGGAAAGUUACGCCACAAAACAGCUCUAGCCACAGAUAAAAGACUAGAAGUUAUGAACGAGAUCGUCUCUGGAAUUCGGACUGUCAAAAUGUAUGCCUGGGAAUGGAAGUUUACAGAAACCAUCAAACAGUUAAGAAGGUGCGUUAGUCAAAAAUUGCAACCAUUGUCAUAAUCUCUUACUACAUGAAAGUUAAGGGAGAAAAAGAGCUUUUUCUUUCCUUCUCUUCCCCCUUAUUCACUUUUUUCGCAAUUUCCCAAUAUUCUCAACAAGCGCGCGCGGGAAUACCCUGCUGCCCAAGCAACUGACAAAACGAGGAAUUUGUUUCUCUUGUUCUAAUAAGCUGACUUAUGAAUUGAACUGCAAGUAAAUUCGUCCAUAUUCGACAAACUGAGUAAGCUAUAGUUAGUCAGACCAUGGAUUCUUUUCAUUAUUUUUUCAAAAUAUUUCUCUAUUUCUGAUUGGCUUAUAAUUAAAUUCCCGGACAAUUCUUCACAAUCAGCUACCAAAGUUGACAAAACUUGGAAGACUUUUGCCGGUAUCCUUUAUUCUUUCAAGCCUUUGAGGAAUAGAAUUAUUAUUUUUGUCUCUGCCCCUUAAAAUUGUGGCAAUGUAAUUUGCCUCUUCAGAAAAAGAAUCUGCAGCACUCCAAUUAGCCUGUUCCAGGCUCUCAGAUAGUGGGGGAAAACGCGAAAGGAAAAGGCAAGCGAAAAGUUGGCUGUCCAUAGUAUCUUCUUAUUUGUUUUUAACACAGGAAAGAAAUGUGGUACAUCAGACUUCGAGGAGUGAUCAUAUCCAGUCUGUAUUCCAUGGCUUACACAGUUUCACCACUGGCUGUUUUCGUCUCUACUGUGGUACUGAUAGCAGCAGGACAGCAAAUCACUGCCUUCAAAUUAUUUACCAUUGUCACAACCUUCAAUGUUGUUAACUUCUCCGUCUCUAUUGCUAUGGGAUUCUUAUUACCUCUGGUUACUGAAGCAAACAGUGCCAUCAAUCGGAUCGAGAAAUUCUUGUCUGGAACAUACACCGAGACAAAGGUCACAUUUGCCUCUCAGCAUGGCCCAUAUGGAUUCCUUACCUUGAGUCUGAAGGAUAUAGCAACAGCUGUAAGACAAGAGAACGUCAAAGAUGAAAAAGCUAAAUUAGUGUCCGUUUUUAGUAAAGAAACUAUUCUAGGCGCUGAAACAAAGGAUCUGACACUGGUGAGUGUUUCUGCAUCUUGGGACAAAUCCGAAGAAAGGAUGGCCUUGAAGGAUAUUUCAUUGUCUUUGAGCAAUGGAGAAAUGAUGGCAAUAACUGGAUCAGUUGGAAGUGGAAAGUCGUCCCUUUUAAUGGCUAUACUUGGCGAACUACCUGCCGUUAAUGGAACAAUAUCGUUCAGUGGAACAAUUGCCUACGUCCCACAGAUUCCUUGGAUUUUCUCGGGAACUAUUAGAGAGAACAUUUUGUUUGGAAGACCAUUUCAUGAAGCAACGUACUAUAAAAUACUUGACGUCUGUUGCAUGCAAACGGACUUGAAUAACUUCCCGUAUGGUGAUUUGACAGAAAUAGGGAGCCGUGGUGUAAGCUUAAGUGGUGGUCAGCGAGUGCGUGUCAGUUUAGCACGCGCACUGUAUUCGGAUGCAGACUUGUAUCUUUUGGAUGAUCCUCUUAGUGCAGUGGACUUCAAAGUAGGUAAACGUCUGUUUCAAAGGUGUAUUUGUGGAUUUCUGUCUGGUAAAACCCGCGUUUUCGUGACGCACCAGUUACACUACUUAACACUUGUAGAUAACGUCACCAUCUUAAGUAAGGGUAGAAUGGUGCUAGAGGAUGCCAGUAUUCCAAAGGCGGACGCAAAUAGCUCGAAAUUUGAUCAGUGCGAUGUAAAUAAACCUGACAUUUCAAGAGAUGAUAUUCCUGAUCAGUCGUUAGAGGUUGUUUUCUCUGAUGGGGAAACACAAGAUUUGAAGGAAGACGAGGAAGACAGAAACACUGGGACCAUAACUUGGAGGCUCUACUGGAACUACCUCAGGACGGCUUAUUCUACUCCAGUGGUACUUUGUCUAAUCCUCGUUGUUCUUGGGAUGAAAGGUAUUAACACUAGUAUUAACAAAGAAGGUUGUGUAUAAAAUGAUAAGGUACACAUUAAUUUUUUCAUAUUUUAUUGACUUUCUUUAAAUCAGCCGCAGCUGAGCUAAACGUUGAAGGGUUAUGUUGUAUUGCGGUAUUGAACAGUUUUGGGACGUCAAUUGUAUCUUUUCAUUGGCUAUUAUGACGAUACACAGGAGACAGGCCAAAAUAAUUUCUCUAAAACAGUCUCAUAGUGCACUUCAACAUAAUGUCCAAUUGUCACCAACUGUAUAGCUGUAUUUCAGUACCUUGCGUCAGUCUGCUAGCAGGCCUAGGGCCUUUACCUGGAAGAUGCCGACGAAGUUAAAGCAAAUUAAAUAGACUGAGCAGUGCUUGACUUCCUUUUUAAUUGAAUUUUUUCUUGUGCUGAUCUUUAUAGUGCUGUUGUUAAUGUCAUACUGGUGGGCAUCACAAGUCGCAGAAAUGCCUCAAGAGCAGCAAAGUUCAUCAAGGACAUUAGGCAUUUAUGGAGGCUUGGUCGGUUCAUCUGUUUUGGCCAAUGCCAUCUCCUCAUAUCUAGUUUACUGGACACUUCUCGAAGCUUCCGAGAAACUACACAACAAGAUGGUCCUUUCAGUUAUAAAGGCGCCUCUGCUUUACUUUGAUAAAACUCCUGUGGGACGCAUUCUAAAUCGGUUUUCCAAAGACAUUGGCAGCAUCGAUGAUAUCCUUCCUCCCAAAUUCCUGACCUCGAUAGAAGUCAACUUAUUUUCAAUGAGCAUUAUUCUUAUGCCUCUUGCAACAAACGUUUGGCUUAUUCUAAUUGCGGUUCCUCUUGUUUCAAUUGCGUUUUACUUCGUACGCUAUUAUUUAAAGUCUUCGAGGGAGAUAAAGAGAUUGGAAGCCAUCACCUGUAGUCCUGUGUAUUCGCACAUUUCCGAGACAAUUGCAGGACUCGAAAUAAUUCGUUCGUCACGGAUGGAGCAGGAGUUUUUGAGGAGGCUAUUCAAGUAAGUGUAAUAGCAAGACAUCCAAUUAACCUCGUCAAUAAAUCAUCCCAAAACGCAUGCAAAGGCGUUUGCAAAGGUGACGUUCCCAAACGUUAUAGCUUUGAUCUCGCAUAUUCUCUAUGUCUUACUUUUUAUUUCUUCGUGCGGCGUAAUGGCUUCGGGUCAAGUGAUCAGAAAUAAAUUUAUAAAGAUCUGAAAGGCUUACAAAAUUUCUGCAGUGCAGGAAAGAGGGAGGCUCGAUUUACAAUAUUCUCUCUUUGCAUUAACUAAAUAAUACAGAACACCUCUAACUACCCCAGGUUUAAUAUUCUCUUGGUGUUUUUUUCGUCUUAAGAUUUCUAUUAGCAUGCGUAGUUAGCGGGAUUCUUUUGCCAGGGGUACGUUCUUGGCCGCGGAGCCGCCAUGCGAAGCGAGAUUUCAAAUUGACUUUUACCAACUCUUCUCGCGGCUCCACCGCCAAAACAAAACAGCACUCCCACGCUAAUCCCACCAGCUACACAGGCUAGAUUUUUGUUCAAAUGUUUUUUUUUUUGUAGAUACCAGGAUGAGAACACAUCAGCUUUAAUGAUGGUGAUAACUAGCACUCAGUGGCUGAAAGUCCGUGUUAUUUGCCUUUGUAGUCUGAUGAUUGCCGCUGCAGGGUUUGGAGCUAUACUUGUUACUCAGAGUCCAGGUUUGUUUUCCUAACAGCUACAGUGAAUCUGUUACACUAAUCCAUUGGCCAUAAUUUAUUUGAGAUUUCCCUAAAAAAGAACUGGGUCUUGAGCCAUAAGAAAUUUUUUUGGUGUUUAACUGCACUGUGAAAUUGUUUUAUUUGAUUACGAGGUGGCGCUAGGGAAGCUGGGUCAAAAGUCAUUUCCGAAAAGAGUCCCAUAAGGCAAUUCUACACGAAACCAACCAAGUGUCAAGAGCCAAAUCAAAAUGGCGCGCAAACAAUGUGGUUUUUAAUAGGGCACUGCAUAAAAAAACUAAAAACUCCAGUAUUAAAAAUGACAAAAUAUUAAAGUAGACGAACUAAAAAAUGUCACACUAAGAAAAAAAAGUCGUUGUUCUCUUGCUUGUACUUCAGUGAAGUUCGGAAAGCUACAGCAGGGUUUUUGCAGUCCUUAUUUUUGCAUUAUAUUGAAUGACAUCGGGAUACACUAUUAUAAAGACUUGUAUCGCUUAGAGCUAUAUCCAAUGGUUAAAAAUAUGGACGCCCAAAAAAACGCAUUCAUUUAUUACGGCUCUAAAAAAUUAAUGAAUUUUCUUUAUUUCACAUUAUCAGGUGUUAAACUUCCCAUGACGUUAUCAUCUCAUAAUUGCAAUACCAAAACUUUAAGUUAUUUUACUGCUAGAUCUCUAACACAUUAAUUUCUGUCUCAGCCCUGGCAGGAAUCUCCUUGGCAUUUUUGGUGGAGUCCACAGAGAAUGUCGAUUACGGCUUCAGAGUAGCGUCUGAAGUGGAAAAUCUUAUGACAUCAGUAGAGAGAGUGAUGACGUACACCAAACUAGAUGCAGAGGUCGGUUAUAGCUCAGAGAUCCAUCCACCAGAUUCAUGGCCCAAAAAGGGAACCAUCCACAUCAAAGACUUGUCUUUCAGAUACACCGAGAGUUGGCCACUAGUCCUGAAGGCCAUCAAUCUGUUUAUUGCUGAUAAGGAGAAAGUAGGGGUGGUCGGUCGAACAGGAGCAGGAAAGUCAUCCCUUGUUGCAUCACUAUUGCGCAUGCCUGAUCCGGAAGGAAAGGUAACACCCUUGGCACAUAUGUUACAGGUCAAAGUUAUAUUCAGGUUAAAAUUUUUGAACCUAGGUUGAUUCUCAAUUUCUUUUGUCUCCUAGCCCUAACUCAUGAAUAACUGGGGCCAGGAGAAAAAGGGAAUUGAGAAUCAACCUAGGUUAAAAAAUUUUAACCUGAAUAUAACUUUGACCUGUAAUAUACACACUGACGUGAUAGUUUUUAUGAACAGGUAGAAAUUAAUAUCUUAAAGAUAAGAGAGAUUGGGGUUUCAUCUACCAUGUCAGGCGCACCUGCAACGAUUUGGUAAGUCUGAUCUGUCUCAUUCCCGUCUGUUAGCCAUGACCGAUGGAGGUUCCUACGGUAUGACCGAUGACACAACUUUCUAUUUGAUUAAGUAAUGUUGUUGCUGGGCGCUCUCUUGAGCGUCUGUCGUGUUUUGGUUCCAAAAGAAGUAGUUGGGAAACAGUCUCAUGCUACCUGCUUCUCCAACAGUGCAUCUGAGACUUGUUGCAAUUGGAGGCAGGUCCCCGUAGAACUCCUUAUUACAUAUACGAUCUUUCCAGCUUACUUUUAGGGGAUUUCACACACUGAAAGAAGUCUUUGAUCUGAUAUCCACAAACCUAUUAUUAAGGCGCUUUCCAUUUGUUAGGACUGACCAGCCAGACCAUUUCCGCCAUAAAGAGAAUUCCAGUUUUAAUCAAAACUAUCCAGUCAGAUCAGUCAAAUCUUAUUUACAUACAAGAAGAAGAUGGUUUUUCAGCAAAGUUUUCGGAAAAACUAUUUGCCCAUUUUCAAACUGGCUGGUCCGGCCGGCUAGAUCUGACCAAAUGGAAAACACCCUUAUUACUCUAAAAUGAAAAAUGGUACAGCCGUCCUUGAAACCUUUGGAUAUAUAAAAUGAACUAUAAGAAUGAUAUGGCGUUAGGUUAUUAAAUUACCGUAACCUUCUAAAUGCAAUAAUCAAAUGGAAUUCUGCCUUACGGUUCUAUCUAGUUUAAAGAUGCUCCACUUAAAUAAUUUGAAAUAAUAAUAAUAAUAAUAAUAAUAAUAAUAAUAAUAAUAAUAAGAAGAAGAAGAAGAAGAAGAAGAAGAAGAUCAGUUUAAGUAGGACUUAAAAAAGGCAAAUAUUGCUAUAUUUUCAGUUAUGUUCAAGCAGUUGAACGUAGGAUUAAUGUCAACUAAAUCCGUCUUACAGAGCGCCAGGGGGAAGUUCGAACUCGACCGCGACUCGAGAUUGUUUGCACUACGCGCUGAAACCCUUAGUUCCCCUUGGGCAAACUGAAGCAGAAGCAACAAAGUUAAGAAAAGGAAUUUAUCAAAGGAGCGCCAAGAACAAACCCAGUAAAGUAAGCGUCCAGGGCGGGACUCGAACGGCUCUGGUCACGCCGCGUCCUUAAAGUCCGACAAAAUAGGUUGUACUAGGAUCCAGUUGUAAAAUCAGUCUUGCACGGUACUGAUUUUUUUGUGUGUUUUCUUCAGUUAUUAUAUUAUAUAUUAACGAAUGUUAGAACUAUAAUUCAUAGCCUGCAAGUCUUGGCCACGGGACUGUUUUGACCCCGUGGCCGGCACGACCUCGAUAUAGCCACAGAAAGGAAGCGAUAGCGAUCCCCAAAACACUUCUAUCAAGUGAUUUCCACAUAGCCAAAAUGUGCAAAUUUUUGUCCUAAUUAGGUGUUGAUCGACGGUGUCGAUAUUGGAGCCAUUAACCUUCAAGCAGCUCGUCGAAGUAUGGCGGUUAUCGCACAAGAUCCCGUUCUUUUCGGGGCAGCCUGA